AUGGAAAGAAAGAGACCUCGGGAGGAGCAGGAGAACAGCAACAACAACAACAACAUUGGUGGAAGCAACCAUGUUGCAAUUACCUGUACGUUACCUCCUUGCGAUGAGAAGUUUCAAAACUACAAUGAGUAUGAACAUCAUAUAAUUACAUUUCAUGAUAAUGUUUGCACUACGUGCCAUCGGAACUUCCCCAACGAUCAUUACUUGAACCUACAUAUUGAUGAGUAUCAUAAUCCUUUCAUUCAAAUUAGUCAUGAAAGAGGUAAUGCGGUAUAUAGAUGCUUAGUUGCCAAUUGUCCUGAUAUGUUUGUAUCUCUGUCGGAGAGAGAGCAGCAUUUGAUCAGGGCUCAUAGUUAUCCGCUGGAUUUCCAGUUUGAUAUAAUCAACACAGGUAUAUAA